CAUGCCGGGCAAAUGGGUUAAUUCCGACGACAAAGGGCAAGUACUCUUACUAGGGACAACCAGCGGUGCUGAUCAGCCUAGGUUCUAUUGUGCUAGAUACAAAUAUACAUCAGGAAUUCAUCAUUUAUCACUAAACAUAGCUAUAAUAGAACAAGCAGAAUGUAAGGAAGAUCAAGAUUAUUUGAGUGCUGAAACUGAGAAUUCUAUUGGAUUCUUAUUUAUUGCUCCUGAUUCGCCUUGCGAUUUGAAUACUUGCAAAAAUGGGGGAACUUGUAUUCCCAACGGUAAACUAUACAGUUGCCAAUGUCCAACUAGCUUUAACGGAGAAAAUUGCGAAUUCGGAAAUGCUGUUUGUAACCCGAAUCCCUGUAAAAAUGGAGGAAAAUGCAUAGUUAAAGUAGACGAUUAUUCUUGCGAAUGCCAAUACGGUUAUUCAUCAAAAAAUUGCGAAACACCCCCUUCCGUUUGCCAGAACAUAAAUUGUAAUAAUGGAGGUAUUUGUAUGCCAACUUCCAAUGGAGGAUAUACUUGUAAAUGUCCCGUUGGAUAUCAGGGAGAUUCUUGUCGCCAACCCGUUUGUAAUCCAUCACCGUGCUUAAAUAACGGCAUCUGUGAGGUAGCCGAUAGUACUCUAGGCUACUAUUGUCGCUGUACGCAAUCAUUUACUGGAUCGAGAUGCCAAGAAAACAUAGGCAUAUGUGAAAACAAUAAAUGUCAAGCAGGAGGAACUUGUCAGGUUGAACCGGAUAAUUCGUAUAGCUGUAAAUGCCGUACCGAUAGAGGUGGAAGCCUAUGCGAAUUUCCAACGAAACAGCUAAUUUCAAAGCAUUCAGUAAAUGAUAAAGAAAUGUAUUUUAUCGAAUUAAAUUCUAUAACAAAGCAUAAAGAAUGCAUUAGAAUUAUUAAUUUGGAUAAUAUGUCUUUGGUUUGGAAAUAUACUCUAUUUGGAGUUCCCAAUGCUUUCGCAUACCAAUGCCCCAAUUAUAUGACCUCUACGGACUCUUUUACCUUACAAAUAUCAUAUCCGAUGCCCGUCAUAGCCAGUUCAACUUGCCCCCUCACGGAAGGAACGUACGCAACAAUAGUGUCGUAUAAUGGAGCGUCUAACUAUUGUCGACAAGAUUCGUCUAGUACAACUAUAAUUAAAGGGAAUAAAAUAACAUUCAACACCUGCCUUACAAAUAAUCCUUAUAAGGAACCGUUCAAGCAGACGUUAAUUUGUUUAGAGAAAUGGCCGAGAUCAUACAUUCAUUCUGCUACCAAUGAUUGGGGAGAUUUCAUUCUUCUAGAACCCCAAACUUCAACGGAAGCUCCAUCUAUAUCUUGCAUAUCCAAUGAGAAAAUUUGUGAAAAUAGCGGAACUUGCAUAAGAAAGGACGGAAAACCAGUUUGUGUAUGUUUAGACGGUUUUGAUGGAGAUAAUUGUGAAAUAACUUUGGAGAUGGGAAGUUGUACUAAUGCCUGUAAUCCAGCCGGCGUUCAAAAUUGUGAGACGAAAGGAGCGUAUUUUAGAUGUUACUGUAAGGAGAAUUACACAGGCAUUCUAUGUGAAAAGGAACUAUUAACUGGAAGAUGCUCAUCUGUGAAUGAAUGCAACAAGCAGACAAGUGUCAGAUGUAAUCAAGUUGAUUACGAAAAAUCGUUUUACAAUUGUGAAUGUUUGGGAUCAUACGGUGGAAGUCGAUGCGAACAUUAUAUGUUAGAAGGUGAAUGCAAAGAUACAGCAUGCCAUAAAGAUACCACUGAAAAGUGUAUGCAAGUUUGGGGGAAUAAACACUAUUGCGUUUGCAAAACUGGUUAUGGAAAUAGCCUAUGUCAACACGAAUUGGUUAAAGGAAAUUGUACAGAGUCGAAAUGCGACCAAACUAACACUGAAAAUUGCGAGCAGCAACAAUCAAGCGAAAAUUAUCAAUACUACUGCAAAUGUAAAGAUGGUUACGCGGGUAAAUUUUGUACUGCAACUUUAGUCACUGGAAAGUGUUUAGGUAGCAACCAAUGUAUCUCAGAUAAUACUAUUCAAUGUGUAAAUCACCUACAAAAUUCUUUCUUCUGCGACUGCAAAUCUGGAUGGAUCGGUAGAAACUGUUCGGAAUUCGUUGGAGAGUUAUGCUCUCCUUCUCCAUGCCUUAACAAAGGAGUUUGUAUCCAAAAGGGUGGCGACUUCGAGUGCAAAUGUAACACAAAGUAUAAAGGUUCUACUUGCUCAGAACCGGUUGAGAUUGAGGAAGAUGAUACCUCUAUUUUGGAGGGCAGGAGUUUAGUGCUUGUCAUUGUUCUUUGUGCUGUUUUGGUAUUUGUUAUUAUUGCUAUUGUGGCAAUAGCUUUCAUCAUCAAAAGACAAAGAGAGAAUAACAAGGCCAGAUUAAGGUUGACAAGUCGUCUGGCAUCACAGGAAAACAUUGAAAAUCGGAACAAUCACGGGUCCGUAUCUUCGUCCGCUUCGAAAUGGUAUCCAGACUAUAAAUCUGCCGACGCCGGCACCGGUAGUUUAAGAAGUCAAUCUAGCGUCGUAUACGACGCUCAGACGAUUAAUCAAAACAUUAACGAACUAUGA